AUGAUCGUUAAAGUCAUUCACUCGAUUCCCUCGGUGGCUCUGCUAGCGAUGGAUCAAGAUAUGCGGCAUGCCUAUCAUGCCAAAGGCGUUGCUGAUGGAUAUGCCAAAGAUGUCCUGGCUCUGAACCAGAUACUUGAAAUGCUAAAGCGGUAUNNGCUAACAGGCCGUCGUUUUGGAUUCAUUGGAUUAACCUGCUUAGCAUUUUUGUUUAUACCUGUUGCACGGGGUUCAGUUCUUCUUCGAGCUAUAGAUAUCCCAUUUGAACAUGCCACUCGAUAUCAUGUUUGGCUGGGACAUACUACUAUGGCUCUUUUUAGCCUUCAUGGUCUAUUCUAUGUGAUUGGCUGGGCAAUGCGCGGGUGCCUUGUGGAGGAACUAAUCGAGUGGAAAAACAUUGGAAUAGCCCAUCUUCCAGGAGUUAUCAGCCUUGCAGCUGGUUUAUUAAUAUGGGUGACUUCACUUCCUGGAGUGAGUAGAAAAAACUUCGAAUUGUUCUUGUAUACGCACCAAUUAUAUGUGGUGUUCGUGGUGUUCCUGGCCUUGCAUGUUGGUGACUUCAUCUUCAUGAUGGCUGGUGCUGGGAUCUUCCUUUUCAUGCUUGAUCGGUUCCUUAGAUUCUUCCAGUCACGAAAGACUGUUGCCAUACUUUCAGCCACAUGCUUUCCUUGUGGAACCAUUGAACUCGUUCUUUCAAAACCUGCAAGUAAAAUAUAA